UGCUGUUUCCCCCAUCUCUGAUUUUGUAGGAUUGCCUUUUACAUAAUUUAUUAUACACAUGCAGCAUGAUGAACGUGAUAUGCAGACAUUGCACUGGGGGCGAUUGGAGCAUUUGUUGGGCUUACGUGAUUGAAGGGACACUAGAUGCGACAGCGGGGUCAGCAACAGAGAGAGAGGGAGAGAGAGCCUUGUACGACGUCCGUCGCAUAAUUUAUCCUUAAAUGCAUGAGAGCGGGUCGCAGGAGCGAAAUUGACGGCAGAGCAUUAGAUCAACUGAUGGAUGCUCGCUUAUAACGGUAGGUGUGAUUUGCAGCGGACAGUAUGUCGGCUAAAGACACGUUAUUCCGCCGUAUACCUUCAAUACGAGACCGUAUGAGGAGGAGGGGAAGCUUGGGGCAGAUAUCUGGUGCCGUGGCCAUCCAUGAUGCGGUUGCUAAGGGAAAGAUUCACCUUGCUAAAUUCAUCCUAGAUGCCGUGGAAGGACAGCUACUGGUCGAUUCAAAAAAUGCUCACGGUAAAACUCCUCUUAUUUGUGCUGUGCGAAUCACUGAGGAAAGUGUCCGCAAUAGAGCUGUGGAUAUGUUGAUUGGCUACAACGCGAGCGUAAAUUUAUUAGACAACGUUGGACGCAGCGUUCUCAGCUAUUCGUGUGAGCUGCACUGCAAUGCCGUGGUAAGGAAACUUGUCAAGAAUAAUGUGGACCCUAACUUGGAGGACAACAUCGGCAAUACGCCGCUGAUGUAUUGUGCUAUGGUGAACAACACCACUGGGAUCGAGAUAAUAGCGCGGAGUUAUCGCAGGCUCGGGCUGGAGGUUGACAAGGUGAACGCGGACGGGAUGACGCCCCUCAUGGAGGCAUCAAAGAACGGCUACCUCGAAUGUGCACGGCUUCUGAUUCACGAGGGGAAAGCCUCGGUCAGCCCCCGGGAUAUCGUCAGGAAUAUGACCGCCGCGGAUUGGGCGCGAGAGGCCGGCUGCACCGCCCAAGAGAUUCAGGCCCUCCUUCAAAUAACACACCGACCACGCCCAUGUAUUGGGAAAACAUCAGCUGCGAAUGCAUCUCAAUUGAGAAUGGAGGAAAACAUGUGUAGAAACCACGCGGGACGUAGUCGUCAGUUUACUCCAAGUCUUAACUCAGUAUCUUCCUUGUUGGAGUUAUCGGACGCAAGUGGGAAUCCAACAUUCCCAGAGCAAGUCCAAACGCAGAAGGAAAAGAAGGGCAAACACCCUCUGAGCAUGGAAGAGCUACCGAGCAAAUUUAAGGAGCUGCGUUCUAGAGUUCAGCACAACACCUCCAGUUUCCCAGAACUGGUCACAAAAGAAAAACUCAUCGCUUCGAAAAAUGGCCACUACUUCGCAGUUGAGAACCCGCGGCAUGGUAAACCAAUCGUCAGCGCACCGCAGGGAGGUGCGUUCACCAAGCGCCCUAAGCCACCCUCGCAACCCAGACGGCCGCACUCGGCGGCGGCAUACGCCCUGGGCAAGCUCAAACACCGGCCGACCAAAAGCUGUGAUAGCAUCCUCGUGCGGACAUCGUCCUCUAUGGAAGAUUUAUUACUACUACGUGAUUUUAACUCCCCUGAGAUGCAUCCCUGUGCUCCGUUUAGCCCUAAGGUUAAAUCGAACAGCACGAGUCACUUGUACCAUAGGAUCGACUCAUCAUCCGGUAGCCAGAAUUCAGAGCAAUGGGAUGUCAUAUGCUGUGAAGAUGAGAAAUUAGAUGAUCUUAAAUUGCACACGGGAGAUAUUGCUCGCCGAGAACGGGCAAUUUCAAACCCCAUACAAGACGAAAAUCUAGCUUUCCCCUCCAAUCAGUUACGACUGGAGUCUAAUACACACCUCCCAGCUAUUUCCCCGAACCACAGAUCGUGACUUGAGAUAAUACUUCAAACUUAAAGGCAUGGACACCUUUGGUAAUUGUCAAAGACCAGUAUUCUCACUUGGUGUAUACAAAAACAAAUCUGUGAUUUUUUCUUUACUAAAUUUGUCAUGGAAGUUGCAAGAGAAUAAUGAAAGAAAAACAACCCCGUUGCGAAGAUUUGUAUUGUGCUUUCAAACGCCUAAACAGGCUAAAUGCCUGAAGUAUUUCAUUUGAGUGAGAAGUUGCCUCUUUCUCAAAAACUACGUUACUUAUGAGGGAGCCGUUUCUCACAAUGUGUUAUA